GGGGGGUGGUGGAGGCGUGGGAGAGCGGGAGAGCUGGUGAGCCGGGGGAUCAUUGCCUCACUCGAGCUCACAGUUGGUGACCCACUCGACUGAUCUCACCGUCGCUGCUGACCUCACUCGCGCAUUGCUGUGGGCGGGGCCGCGGCGAGACACGAGCACGCGGGAAUGACGACACACCGACCAGCUGACCAUCGAAAAGACCACCUUAAAAAGGACCACCUCCCCUCUCACCCAACGUAAUGGCCCCUCUCAUCGCCCUCGUCUCCGGCGCAACCGGUAUCAACGGCCGUGCCCAAAUCGAAAACCUCACCAAAUCCUCCCACAAGUGGACAAAGAUCUACGCCGUCUCCCGCUCCGUCAAAGAGAAAUACCCCGAGAACGUCCAACAUGUCGCUUUGGACUUGAUGAAAGAACCGGAAGAGUUGGGCAAGCAGUUGAAGGAAGCUGGAGUGGAGGGGGUCACGCAUAUCUUUUGGGCGGCGUACAAGGAGGAAGCAGAGGAGGAAAAGGCGUGUCAAGUUAACGGUGGUAUGCUGAAGAACUUCAUGGAGGCCUUCUUGGCCGAUGAAGCUGCCAGUAAGGAGUUCAAGCGUAUUGUGCUCACCACGGGAAUGAAACACUACGGUGUCCAUCUCGGAUCCUACCGUCUCCCAGGUUUGGAAACGGAUCCCAGGGUCGACGGCCCGAAUUUCUACUACACCCAGGAAGACAUUCUCGCUGAUCUCUGCGGCGCCAAGCCCGCGGCCAAGAACGGCUCUUGGGACAUUCCCGCAAACUCAAAGGUUGGCCGACAGUGGGACUUUACAAUCAACCGCCCCAACGACAUCUGCGGCUACUCCAAGGGAAACUACAUGUCACUCGCAACCACCAUCGCAAUCUACGCCUCCGUGCAAAAAGAACUCGGCGAACCCCUCUGGUGGCCCGGGAAUGAACGAUUCUACAGGGGGUGGGAUGAUAGCUCCUACGCGCCCCUCAUUGCCGAGUUCGGGGAGUGGCAGGCGUUGGGGGAGGCAUGUGGAGGUGAAGCAUUCAACUGCGUGAAUGGGGACUUGCAUACCUGGAGUCGUACAUGGCCCAAAAUCGCAGCGUAUUUCGGUGUGGAGUUACCAAAAGAUCAAUUCGACAAACCCGCGCCUCUCCCACACAAAGUCGAAUUGCCCGGUCCCUCCCUCCUCACGUCCCGCGUCCACCUCGAAACUUGGUCACAAAAACCAGAAGUCAGUGCUGCGUGGUCACGUCUCGCCGAUCGCCAUAACUUGGAUAAAGAGGCGUUUAGUCAUGCUACGUGGGGGUUUAUGGAUUUUUGUGUUGGGCGGACAUGGGAUAUCUUGAAUAGUAUGGGGAAGGCGAGGGGGAUGGGGUGGACGGGGUAUCAGGAUACGUUGGAGGGGUAUUUGGAGGUUUUUGACGGUGCAAGAGCUGCCCUGAAGACGCUCGAUCCCCACGCUCAUAACAUUCAUGUGCCAGAAAGACUAGGCACGGUUGUGCGUCUUGGUCAUAUCGACCAGUUUGCGUUUCAGAACAAAAUUUCGGCGGCCGCGACACCAGGUGCACCGAAGCGCCACAAGGGCCAGGUCACUGAGAUUCAGAAGCCUGAAAAUACCACCACGAACGCUGAGCCUCAGGUGCGUCCGACUUCCACCACAAACGCCGAUGUUCAGAUGCUUCCAGGUUUCACUGAGAGUACUGGACCUCCAAUGCCUGUGAAUCGUAACCAUAACAACUUCAUUGUCUCCUCUGCUCUUCAGGGCAAAGAACUUUAUCUGAUUUCCGAAUUGGUCGAAAGCGCUUUCUGGCAAUGUAGCGAAACAGGUCGAUGCGGUUACAUGCGCCUGACCAGAGCUUUGAGAGAUACGUGCAAGGUGGUAUUACAGGGCCUGUUUGUCAGCAAUGAAGAGUUGGACCGCCUUUUCUAUGAGUUUCGCAGUGCGUUUUUUUAUCUGGAUGUGGCCAAAGAAAGGCAAGGCCUUCCGGAAUUAAUGAUGAUAACACGAUACGUCUCGGUCACGUUACCGAAAACGUGA